UGCUGAUGCUAACCGAACUAAAUGUUAGUCAAUAACUUGAUCUGUAAUUAAAGUAGCAUUCUCAAUUUGAAAGUAAACUGAAAGGACAAAUUUUUAGUUAGCAGGUUUAUUUUUUAUUUCAAAUGCUAAAAUUUAUUUUUAUUAUCGAAUUUAUUUAUUUUUAAUCAUGUAAUAUUAAAAGUUAUAUAUAAGUUUUUUUUUUUUUUCAUCUAAGCAAUCUGGAAUGCAAUCCAAAAUUUCGAAUAAUAUUUUCAGUUUGUUAAGAGCCCCCCGCGGUCUUGAUCUUAGCAGAGAAACGAGUUCGUUACCAUUUCAUUAUUGCUAGCCAAAUCGUACCGGCGCCUUCUCAUAAUCUUAUUUGCCGGUGCAUGGACGCUCCGUGGAUCCAUCUGUAGUGCACGAUUUCAUUCAUAACUAAUGGCUUCGUGGUUCAAAGUCGCCGAAGAUUUAUUUGAAGUUGUAGAUCGAAGAGCAAAGCUGGUUGCUAGUGAACUGUCAGAAGAGCAAUCAGAUUCUCAGCCACAAGGUUCUUCAGCAGAAAAGACAAAGACAAGGAAAAAGGCUCAGAAAAAACUUCCCACAACUAAAUCUCCCAAAACUAGUGAUGCUGUACGUGAAGAAACAAGUUCAGAAGUAUUACAAUCAGAGGUAACACUAUAUAAAGAUAAGGGUACUCUUUCUUCUAAAAAUGAGGGAAACCCUAGUGCUACAUCUAUGGUCCAAAUAAGUAGCGAGUUGUAUAGCAACAGUGAGAAAGAUAAUCCUGGAUUUCCUUCACCUGAGCCAUUGGAUACCAAUGUGGUUAAACAUGAUACUGAUCAGGAAGAAGUCUCUGCAACUGUUAGCAACACAGAAGCUUCUUUGUCAACUUCAAAUGGCAAGCUUCUCAAUGAGCAUGCCUCUAAUGUUCUUGUGGAGCACCCUUCUUCACCAUUAGCUGCCAAAGAUAUUCAGGUUGCUAGUGAAGAUCAUUUAGCUGAUGGUUGCCAAAAUAUUGAAUCCCAAAAUGCAGAUGUUAUUUCAAAGACUGACCAAGAGAGGUCACAACCUUUAUUUGCUGAUUCUCCUGUUAACAUUGAAGCUCAAUUAAAAGAAGAUGAUAUUAAAGUUGGAACUCCUGUGAAUCAGAAGAAGCCACGAGAACAAAAUGCUGACACUCCUCCAGUUCAGGACCACCUUGAGGAGGCUCAAGGAUUGCUUAAAACCACCAAUUCCACAGGUCAAUCGAAAGAGGCAAGACUGGCUCGGGUUUGUGCUGGACUUUCAUCUCGUCUUCAAGAAUACAAAUCUGAGAAUGCACAGCUUGAGGAGCUUCUAAUUGCUGAGAGAGAGCUGAGUAAAUCUUAUGAGGCUCACAUAAAACAACUACAGAAAGAUUUAUUUUUAUGUAAGAGUGAAGUAACAAAGGUAGAGGCAAAUAUGGUUGAGGCUUUGGCAGCAAAGAACUCUGAGAUUGAGGUGCUUGUCAACUCUAUGGAUGCGCUUAAGAAACAAGCUGCUUUAUCUGAAGGGAAUCUGGCAUCACUUCAGGCAAGCAUGGAGUCUGUUAUGAGAAACAGGGAAUUGACAGAGACAAGGAUGCUGCAGGCCCUACGUGAGGAGCUGGCUUCUGCAGAAAGGAGAGCAGAAGAAGAACGUGCAGCACAUAAUGCUACUAAAAUGGCUGCAAUGGAAAGGGAAGUGGAGUUGGAACAUCAAGCGGUUGAGGCAUCCACGGCUCUAGCUAGGAUCCAGAGGGUUGCAGAUGAGAGGACAACAAAAGCUGCAGAGUUUGAGCAGAAGCUAGCACUUCGUGAGGUUGAAUAUGCUUCUCUAAAUCAAGAAUUGCAAAAUUUGGAAGCUCGAGCUCGUCGUGGACAAAAGAAGUCCCCAGAAGAGGCAAAUCAAAUGGUUCAGAUGCAGGCAUGGCAGGAGGAAGUAGAGCGUGCACGCAGAGGUCAAAGAGAUGCUGAGAGCAAGCUCUCUUUGUUAGAGGCAAGUAUCAAAAAAAUGUUUUCCUCUUUUCUAUAUUGUACAAUUAUAGUAAGAUUAUUCUGGUUUCUUUGCUGGCUGAUUUUUGGAUUUGUUUUCUUUGACCACUUUUCCUGGCUGCAGGCUGAACUGCAGAAAAUGAGGGUUGAAAUGGCUGCCAUGAAGAGGGAUGCUGAGCAUUAUUCUCGACAGGAGCAUAUGGAGCUAGAGAAACGCUACCGUGAAUUAACUGACCUUUUGUACAACAAGCAAACGCAGUUAGAAACUAUGGCUAGUGAAAAAGCUGCAGCCGAGUUCCAGUUGGAGAAGGAAAUAAAGCGUCUUCAGGAAGCACAGGUUGAAGUAGAAAGAAGUAGAGUUCCUCGUCGGGCAUCAAUGUCCUGGGAGGAAGACACUGAAAUCAAAGCACUUGAACCUCUUCCCUUGCAUCACCGUCACAUGGCUGUUGCUAGCAUACAGUUACAGAAGGUUGUGAAAUUACUGGAUUCAGUAUCUGUUAGGGCCAUAAGAUUUCUUUGGCGAUAUCCAGCAGCUCGAAUAAUCUUGCUAUGCUAUCUUGUAUUUGUACAUCUCUUCUUGAUGUACUUGUUACAUCGUCUUCAGGAACAAGCGGACAAUUUUGCUGAUAGGGAACUCGCGGAAUCUAUGGGUCUUAAAGACUCCAACUUACCCUAAUUAGGGAAUAAAAUGCACCUUAGCUCCGACCAAGGGUUCUCCAAAUAUGUGGUUUACCAUCUGCAAGAUGCAUCAAGCGGCCGCUGACUGCUAGCUGUUGAUUUUCUGUCGACAUACUACCAAUUUUACAUAAAUUGGAAGUUCGUUUUGGAAAUGGGUGUGGGAAAAACAGAAAUGAGAAGCCAGCAAGCAUGUUGUAGAUCCAAAGUAAGUGAUUCGGCUGUGAAUGAUAAUAUUCUUUUGGUAUACAGGUGACUUGGAAACAGUGACUUUUACUUGUUCUCUACAUCAUAAAUGAAUGUUUUUGAAGAGAUAUUGUAUGUAAUAUGAUACUAUGAUAACUAAUAUUAACAUGGCUAAUUAAAUCUAUGCAUAUAUAA